AACCUUUUUUUUCAAGGUCCUGUCAAAAUAUUUAUGUCUUUCAUCUCCACAAAAAUAUUAUCUUUUUAGAAUUAAUAUAACUACUUUGAUCGAUUACUUGAGCAGCAAGAGGAAUUAUUAGAAAUCAAGCAAAAUGGGGAAGAGGCAACAUCAGAAAGAUAAAAUGUAUUUAACGUAUACAGAAUGGACUACUCUAUAUGGUGGCAAGAAAGCAGGUCCAUCUAAGGAAGAAACGAAUUUCAAACGUCUUCCUCUAGAUCACUGUUGUUUGUCAUUACAACCUUUUGAAAAUCCGUACUGUGAUAAGCAAGGAAAUAUUUUCGAUUUGGAGCCACUAAUCCCAUGGUUAAAAACAUAUAAAGUGAAUCCAGUCAGUGGACAACCACUUGAAUUCAAACAACUCAUCAAGUUGAAUUUCCACAGAAAUGAUGGAAAAAUGGAGUGUCCUGUGUUAUUCAAACAGUUUACUAAUAGUUCUCAUAUAGCAGCAAUUGCAACCUCUGGAAAUGUGUAUCUUAUGGAAGCUAUUGAACAACUUAACAUUAAGAAUAAAAACUGGAAAGAUCUUAUUACUGAUCAACCUUUUGAAAGAAGUGACAUUAUAGUAAUUCAAGAUCCCAAUAACUUGGGCAAGUUCAAUAUAUCGAAUUUUCAUCAUGUUAAAAAAGAUCUCAAAGUAGAAACAGAAGAACAAAUUGAAGAAAGAAAAAAUUCCAAAGCGAGAUUGAAAAGUAUUAAUCCAGAGACCAAGUAUGCAUUGGAAGAAUUGGAAAGAGAUUAUAAAGAAUCGUCUUUUGAUGUGAAGAAAGUUGUUAAUAAGGAAAAAGCUGAUAAAUUUAAUGCUGCCCAUUUCUCAACUGGUGCAGUUGCGGCUAGUUUCACCUCUACAGCAAUGGUCCCUGAAUUAGUUCAUGAAAUGGCCAUUUUGCCUGAAAAUGAGGUUAGAUAUCAGUAUGUGAAAAAAAAAGGUUAUGUUAGGUUGAUCACAAAUUUGGGACAUUUGAAUUUGGAACUGCACUGUGAUAUGGUACCUAAAACCUGUGAAAAUUUCAUUAAACAUUGCCUGAGUGGAUAUUAUGAUGGUACCAAAUUCCAUAGAUCUAUUAGAAAUUUUAUGAUUCAAGGUGGUGAUCCAACAAAUUCAGGAAAUGGGGGAAAAUCCAUAUGGGGAGGGCCUUUUGAUGAUGAAUUUAGGCCUAAUCUAAGUCACACAGGGAGAGGUAUUCUCUCUAUGGCAAAUUCAGGCAAGAAUACAAAUGGUUCACAAUUUUUUAUAACCUAUCGUUCUUGCAAGCAUUUAGAUAAUAAACACACUAUUUUUGGAUGUGUAGUAGGUGGAAUUGAAACUUUAACUGAGAUGGAAAGGAUUGAAGUGGAUAACAAAGAUCGGCCUAUAGAGGAUAUUGUUCUUGUCAGGGCACAGGUUUUUGUAGAUCCUUAUGAAGAAGCAGAUGAACAGCUGGUGAAAUUGAGAGAGGAGGAAAAAACUAGGGUUUCAGCUGAGCAAAUGGAAAAAUCUACAAAGUCACAGCCCAAAAUGGAGUUAAAGGCGUAUCGUAGUGGAAUUGGAAAAUUUAUAAAUCCAGCCAUUUCAAAAAAUUCCAGCGCAAAAACAGGAGAGUCUCAAGAACCUCAGCCUAAGAAAGUGAAAAUUACUAAUAAAUUCAAUUUUGAUAAAUGGUAAUAAUAUUAAA